ACUGCGUCAAUCAAAGCGCAGCAAUCAGGAAUUCGUUAACGCACUGGAAUCGUGCUGGGACUGGGAGGGGUUGAAUGCUGGCUCAGGAGAGGAUGAGGGGUGCGGGACAUUGUUGUAGUCAAUUACAGCAAAAUGUGGCCUAUGUUCGGGACCGAAAGAUCAUCUAAUGAUCAUCUAACGUGCAGCAGGUCUGGAGCUCGUUGAGGCGAGAGGUUUCUCGGAUUAAUUGCUACUAAUGCUGCGGCUUUGCGCCCGGUCUUGAGUCCUGCGACAGGUGAGGAGCUGAACCGGGGCGGGUCUCCCUUAUGGAUCGGCAGCAUGGAUGCUUUCAGUUUCCCCUUUAACAGCAGCGGCGACCCGGACAGCAAAGACGGCGAUGAAGCCGCAGAGCCCUGGCCGGGAGCUUGUCUCCUCGGGAUUGGCCCUGAGGCGGUGGCGACCCCGUCCGGAGCCGGAUACUGGACCGCUGUGUUCGAUUACGAAGCUACCGCCGAGGAUGAGCUCAGCCUGCGGAAGGGGGAUCGGGUAGAGGUGCUGUCCAAGGACUCGCUGGUGUCCGGGGAUGAGGGGUGGUGGACAGGUGUGAUCGGGGACCGGGUCGGUAUUUUCCCUAGUAACUACGUGAGUAACGACAUCUCGGAGAAGAUUCGGGACACGCCGCAGGCCUAUUGCGAUUAUUCGUUGCCUCGGUUACACUUUCUUCAGAUAGAUUUCAGUGAGCUGGUGCUGGAGGAAAUGAUUGGGGUAGGAGGUUUUGGAAAAGUGUACCGUGCCAUUUGGAAAGGGAAGGAGGUGGCAGUGAAAGCAGCUCAACGGGACCCCGAUGAGGAUAUAUCGCAGACACUGGAGAGUGUCCGUCAGGAGGCCAAGCUCUUUGCCAUGCUAAAACACCCUAACAUCAUGGGCCUUCUGGGAGUUUGUCUGCAGGAGCCCAACCUCUGCCUAGUGAUGGAAUAUGCACGUGGUGGGCCGCUCAACCGGGCCCUGGCUGGGAAACGCAUCCCUCCAAGCAUACUGGUGGACUGGGCGGUACAGAUCGCACAUGCCAUGCUGUACCUGCACUGCCAGGCCAUUGUACCCGUCAUUCACAGAGACCUCAAGUCCAGCAACAUUCUGAUUCUGGAGCGUGUGGAGAAUGAUGAUCUGAGCAACAAGACUCUGAAGGUGACAGAUUUCGGUUUGGCUCGGGAAUGGCAUCGGACCACCAAGAUGAGCGCGGCGGGGACGUAUGCCUGGAUGGCCCCUGAGGUCAUACGCUCCUCUACCUUCUCCAAGGGCAGUGAUGUUUGGAGUUAUGGUGUUUUGCUGUGGGAGCUGCUGACAGGAGAGGUUCCAUUUCGUGGCAUUGAUGGUCUGGCAGUAGCUUAUGGUGUGGCCAUGAACAAACUGUCCCUGCCGAUCCCCUCCACAUGCCCUGAGCCAUUUGCCCGGCUGAUGGAAGACUGCUGGAAUGUGGACCCUCAUGCAAGACCCCUCUUCACCAGUGUUCUAGACCAGCUGACGGCUAUCGAGGAGUCGGGCUUCUUUGAAAUGCCGGCAGAAUCCUUCCAAUCCCUGCAGGAUGACUGGAAGCUGGAGGUUCAGGAGAUGUUCAGCCAGCUCAGAGCCAAAGAGAAGGAGUUGAGAUCCUGGGAGGAAGAACUGAGUCGUGCAGCUGUACAGCAGAAGUACCAGGAAGAGGCUUUACGGCAGCGGGAACAGGAACUGGCAGAGAGAGAAAUUCACAUUCUGGAGCGAGAGCUCAAUGUCAUCAUUCACCAGCUGUACCAAGAGAAACCACAGGUUCAAAACCGUCAUGGAAAGUUCAGGUGCAGUCGACUCAAACUGCGUGAUGGGAACCGCAUCAGCCUGCCCUCUGAUUUCCAGCAUAAGAUUACAGUCCAAGCUUCUCCUUCUUUGGACAGGAGGUGGAGUCUCUUGGGCAGUAACUCCACCCCUCCAAACAGCCCCUCUGUUCUGCCACGCCUCCGAGCAAUCCAAUUGACCCCUGGGGUUGGAGGUCAAGCCUGGGGUCGUAAUGCUGCUGCAUUCCAGUAUGACGAAGAGGAGGAGAGGAAGACUUGUAAGAAAGGCAGAACGCAAAGGGAACACAGCGCUGAUGAGAGUCUGAGGACUCCUAAAGAGGACAGUCGGCAACGUUCCUGCAGUGCUCCAAACCUGCGACGUUCCCCCAGACACAGUCCUGCUGUUCCUGGCGUGUGCAGCCUGGCAGAGACGGAAAAUGAGGACUGCUGCUUCCACUCAGAGUCAGCUGACUCCCCUGGCCAAUCGUACCUCUGCAUCCCGUUCCACAGGGAUGGAUCCACUGUGGACAGUUACGGCAUGGAGUGUGGCAUAACUGGAAUGGAUCCUGAUGUUUCCCCCAGUUAUACACGGCGGAGCCCCAGUGGAUGCCGUAGAUCAGAACUGGUGUUGCUGAGCUGCGGGGCGGCUCUGGCUGCUGUCAGUUUAGGUCAAAAUCUAUUGGACCUGGUGCGUGUGGAAGAGAGUGUACGUCCCCGAUGGGAAGGGUUGUUUCACCGUACCGGGGGUCAAAGUCAUGGCGCCAGUCCCCCCAUGCGCAAACUGUUCAAACGGGAAAGCCCCCGUCGCCCUCCCCCUCUCCCCACAUCUCUCACACUCCUGUCUCAUUCAUCUGUGUCUGAUUGUAACUCAACCCGUUCUCUCCUGCACUCUGACAGUGAAGAGCUGCUUGUGCUACAUCCACCUAUGCCCCUUGCUCCGCUCCCUAGACAGACCCCACCUCCACUGAACCCACUGGUUAUAACCCAUCUGGAGAGCUUUAAAUGCCACCCUUGGCAGUCUCUGACGCCCACACACUUGCCCUCUGUGCCUAUUGCUGCCUGCAGGCUUCAUCGUACACCUUCAGAUGGCGCGAUAAAUAUGGGGUGCCCACCGCUCCCUAACAACCACAAUCCCACCCCUACCACACCCUCCAAAACAACAGCUGCUCAAGCACGGAGAAAAUGGUGGACAGCGUACAACUGACUGAUGGGCAGAAAUAUACAAAUACGGGACAGACCGUUAGCGUUCCUGGGUGGGGCUUGAGCAGUAUGACGGUAUGAUGGAUGACUUGAUAAUUGAGACUGUUUAAGUUUUUGGGGGGAUUAAAAAAA